AAAAGAACAUCUGGGAUACCGACGAUCCAUGGUCAUUAUGGAACAUCAGGAAGAGCGGAUCUUCAAUUGUCGUCGACUCUAAGGAACUCACCGAUUUUGCUACGUGCCAGUAAUUCAGUUAAACAGAGGAUAGAACUAUCACAAGAAGAUUGGCUUCUCAGAAGGGGAUUAUCAUUACUCUCGCAUAAUAGUUUAAAUAGUGACCAGUAUGAAUUCACUACGCGCCCAACAAAAAAUCAGAUAACCUCAUCUUCGCGGAAUACAUUGAGAUAUAGAGAUCAAGUGGAGAGAGUUAUUUCUGGUGUCAAUAAACAAACAGUACUAGAUUUAACGAGACGGACAAACAAAUAUGUAUCAAUACAACAACAUGCAUCUUUUUUGACCGACGAGGGUUUGCAAAAAGACAUCAAGCCCGUAGGGGAUAUUUUAAAAUCAAAGACAAAUUCAGAAUUACUAUUUCAGAAGGACUUAGAUGAAAAUAAACCACAUUCGCAUACUUCUCUUCUGCCUCGGCAUGGUGUCAUCAGGCAAGUGCCAGGGGGACAAAAUCUUUCAUACAGACAUUCCGCAAGAUUAUAUUGGAGGAGCUUUGUUGCGACUAGAAAUAAACAGUUACUCAACCUAACCAGCAGUGUUCUGAGAGGAAAUACAAACAAAACUGUCAAAGACUUUAUUGACCGUAGAAUACAGACUUUAAAGGAUAUUAAAAGUGCAGCAAUUAUCCCUGUCCAAUCACCAGGAUAUAACGGAGCUCGUGAUCAGAAUAAACUAGGAAAGCAGUCAAAGACAGCCUCUAACCAUCUCUUUGGGAUGUCACAAAAGAAACUGGUGUGCUAUUACACCAAUUGGGCCCAGUAUAGACCCGAGCCUGCCAAGUUUCUCCCCGAAAACAUAGACCCGCAACUGUGCACACAUAUCCAUUAUGCUUUCGCCAAAUUAGACAACAGUGAGCUGGCACCUUAUGAAUGGAACGAUGAGAGUACGCCAUGGAUGGUUGGCAUGUAUGAAAAAGUCACCAGCCUGAAACAGAAAAAUCCACAGUUAAAAAUUCUCCUGUCUCUUGGGGGCUGGAAUAUGGGAUCAUCUCCCUUUUCUGUCAUGGUUGCUACCGAAGGAAGUAGAGGCAAAUUUAUUCAGACCGGCAUUGCAUUCCUGAGAAAAUGGAAGUUUGAUGGUCUUGACCUGGAUUGGGAGUAUCCAGGUGAUCGAGGAAGUCCACCAGAAGAUAAACAUCGGUUUACCUUGUUGGCUCAGGAAAUGAUGGCGGCUUUUCAAGCAGAGGCGCAGGAAACUGGACAGCAGCGGUUGCUACUGACUGCUGCAGUUGCUGCAGGGAAAGAUAAAAUUGACAAUGCUUAUGAAAUACCAGAAAUUUCUCAAGUGUUUGAUUACAUUAACCUCAUGAGUUACGAUUUCUUCGGCGCCUGGGAUAGUGUGACAGGCCACGUGAGUCCUCUCUACCCUCCAACCGAUGCCCAGGGCCUGGACAAGAUCUUUAAUGUUCAAUUUGCCGCAGACUACUGGGUCAGCAAAGGCUGUCCAAAGGAAAAACUAAUCAUUGGGCUCAUCACAUAUGGGCGGUCGUUUACUCUGGCGAAUCCUAGAAACAGUGGACUGAAAGCCCCAGCUAAUGGACCUGGCAUUGCAGGAACCUUCACCAGAGAAGCUGGCUUUAUGGCAUAUUACGAAGUGUACACUAUGAUAAAACAAGGUGGAAAGGUUGAGUGGCUUGACGACCAGAAAGUGCCUUAUAUAGUCCUCAACAAUCAGUGGGUGGGCUAUGAGAAUGAACAGAGUCUGCAACUGAAAGCUCAGUUUAUCAAUGAAAAUGGUUUUGGUGGAGCAAUGGUUUGGGAUCUUGAUUUGGAUGAUUUCGAUAAUGCAUUUUGUGGACAAGGAGCCUAUCCGCUAAUUUCAACUAUUCACAACAUCUUGACGAAAUAA